AGCUGAUACAUCACAUUCAUACAUUUAUGGUGCUCCCUGUGUCCAGGGUUUGGAUCAGGAACUUCAUUCCACCUGAUCUCUUCAGGAGGUCAAACAUACUCCUCAAAUUUCUGUCCCCUUGUCCCCCUCCAAGACAGCAGUCAUGAAUUGGAAUUGGCUGGAGGACCUCAUCAGUGGGGUCAACAAUUACUCCACAGUGUUUGGUCGGGUCUGGCUCUCAGUGGUCUUCAUCUUCCGGGUGAUGGUGUUUGUGGUGGCGGCUCAGCGAGUGUGGGGUGAAGAGAGCAAAGAUUUUGAAUGCAACACUAAACAGCCAGGCUGCACCAACGUGUGCUACGACCACUUCUUCCCCAUCUCCCACAUCCGCCUGUGGGCCCUGCAGCUCAUCUUCGUCACAUGCCCGUCGCUGAUGGUUGUUGCCCAUGUCAAAUAUCGAGAGAUGAAGGACUUAAAGUACACCACCACCCAUGAGGGUAAACACGUGUAUGCCCGCCCUGGGAAGAAACGUGGAGGGCUGUGGUGGACAUACCUGGUGAGCCUGAUCUUAAAGGCAAGCUUUGAUGCUGGUUUCCUCUACAUCCUUUACCACAUCUACGAAGGGUUCGACUUACCACGUUUGUUAAAGUGUUCAAUGGAUCCUUGCCCGAACAUAGUGGACUGUUACGUAUCCCGCCCCACAGAGAAGAAGAUCUUCACUCUCUUCAUGGUGGUGUCCUCUGCUGUCUGUAUCUUGAUGUGCAUCUGUGAGAUGUUUUACUUCAUCUGCAAGAAAGUCAAGAAACAAAUCAAGAGGAAAAUAGAUGCAGACAGGCAGGCGUCCGCAGAGACACACGAGCUGAAGCCACUGUCAGCAGCUUUUCCAAGGCACAAGUCUAGAUCAUCUUUGAGAGUGGAUCCAACAGUGUCUAACCAGAACCUGAAUAACAUCAAGACAGAGGAGACACCAACUAUGAAAUAAGAAUCAUCUUGCUCGGGCUACUCUGAAAAACUAAAUGAAUAACUCUAGGUGCUACUGGAAGCAAAUGCAUCCUUCCGACGGCUUGCAGAACUGUUACUCAACGGCAAAGAAAUACCCAGUGAUUUGUAAAUAAAACUUUGUUAUAUGAUAUUCUGCAUGGAAAUCGACAGCAAAAUUGCAGAUGAAAA